AUGGAAACGGGUAGCUAUUCAAUAAUAUCGGCGGUGGUUGCGGUGGCGGUGACGGCGUCGCUAUGGCGGGUCAUGAACUGGCUGUGGGUCAGGCCCAAGAGGUUGGAGAGGUACCUGAGGAGCCAGGGCUUCGACGGGCGGCCAUACCGGUUUCUGAAGGGAGAUAUGAAGGAAGCUCUGGAGAUGCUGAAAGAAGCCAAGUCGAGGCAGUUGGAUAUCUCCGACGACGCUGCCCUCCGUGUCUUCCCCUUCCCUCGCCACACCGUCAAGACCUACGGGAAGAAAUCGUUCACAUGGUUUGGGCCAGUGCCAAGGGUGAACAUCAUGAACCCUGAGCAUAUAAAAGAAGUGCUCACCAAAAUUGACGAUUACCCAAAGUCGAGGCCCAACCCACUGUUGAGGUUGUUGGCAACCGGAAUUGCAAGCUACAACGGCGAGAAAUGGGCACGUCACAGAAGAAUCCUUAACCCUGCAUUCCACCAGGAGAAGUUGAAGUUGAUGGUGCCAGUGUUUUAUGGAAGCUGCAAAGAAAUUGUUGACGAGUGGGAGAGGGCGGUGAAGUCUAACGAAACAGACUCCUGUGAGUUGGAUGUGUGGCCUUGUCUACAGAGCAUGACCUGUGAUGUAAUUUCUCGAACGGCAUUUGGAAGCAGUUACAAAGAAGGGACAAGAAUUUUCGAACUGCUAAGAGAAAUGACUUUUCUCGUCAUGCAGAUCGCCCGACAAGUUUAUAUACCAGGAUGGAGGUUUGUACCGACCAAGCUAAACACCAGGAUGAAACAAGCGCACAAGGAAAUCCAAGAAGCGACACAAGAGAUCAUCAACAAGAGAGAGAAGGCGAUGAGAAUGGGUGAGGUAGUCUCCAACAACGACUUGCUCGGCCUAUUGAUGGAAUCAAACAACAGCAGUGGCAAAAACGGAAAUAUGACACUGGAGGAUGUUAUCGAGGAAUGCAAGUUGUUCUACUUUGCCGGCCAGGAGACUACCUCCACCGUGUUGGUAUGGACAAUGAUCCUUCUCAGCAAGUACCCCGUGUGGCAAGAGCGUGCAAGACAGGAGGUCUUGCACGUCUUUGGCACUGACAUCGUCAGUGCCACCCCCCUCGAUUCCAGUGGCCUCAGCCAGCUAAAGACCAUGACCAUGAUCUUGCACGAGGUUAUGAGGUUGUACCCUCCUAUCAUGCAACUGACUCGAGCUAUCGAGAGAGAGACGAAGAUGGGUGACUUUGUCCUGCCGACAGGGAUUCAGGUGGCUCUACCGACAAUCCUCGUCCACAAGGACCCCGAGAUAUGGGGGAGCGAUGCGGGGGAGUUCAACCCUGAGAGAUUUGUCGACGGAAUUUCUAAGGCGACAAAGAACCCUAAUCAACAGGGUGCUUACUUCCCCUUUGGAUGGGGUCCUCGAAUUUGCAUCGGACAGAAUUUUGCUCUAAUGGAGGCUAAAAUGGCUUUGGCAAUCAUUCUGAAGAGGUUUUCCUUUGAGCUUGCACCAUCUUAUGCCCAUGCUCCUUCCACGGAGGCUCCCAUACUUCAGCCACAAUUCGGUGCUCGACUCAUCCUUCAUAAGCUCUGA